AUGAACAACAGCAGCAGCAGCAGCAGCUUUCCUUUAGCCCAGGCGCAGGACGAGGACGGUGAUGAGACGGCCGAAUACGAGAAUCUGGCGCGAGCAGCCGGCGGCUACAUGGAGGAGGCCGAUCAUCUGCUGUCCUACCACAGCAGCAGCAGUGCCGCGGACGUCGAGGUGGACGAGGUCCUGAUGCCCGAACUGGCCAACGCCACGGCUCUGGACUGCGGCAACUUUGUCGACUACGAUGAGUUCAACCUGUGCCUGAACAACAUUCUCAGCGAGGAGGACGACAGUGGCAGCGGUGCAGGAGGUGGUGGCGUUGGCGGAGGAGGCAUGGCAAUUAAACACCAGGCGACGUGGCGGGAUGCCGGCGACGUGCUCAACAUUGUGCAGCUGAACAACGACUUGGGCCUGAGUUUCCAGGAGUUCGCCAGCGAGGCGACGACGGCGGAUGAGCAGCGCUCCGCCAGCAGCAGCUCGCCGCAGCUGGCGUAGUGCAGUCGGAGCACGGACGGCUACUUGUAUAUAUCACACGCACUGAUACCGAACGCUUUCGUUUGUAGUUCAUAGUCCUAGUUUCCGUUGAGGAUUUUGUAUAGUUAGUGGUAGCCACAAGUUGCAAUAAUGUUGCGUCUCAUAGCGAGCAACAUCACACCCAGACACUCUUACACACACAACACGCAGACGGACGGUUGCAAGCGCCAAUUUACACUUUGUUUUCUGCCCCCAGUCCGAGUUUAUCCCCGAGAAAGAAGAUCCACCCAUUGGAAAUGAUUUGCUAGUCAAGUGAAACAGGCAAUUUAUUGUGUAGCUCAGAAGAUGAAAAUUUGAACAAAUUAGUUGAGUAACGUAUUUGAGAAGCUCCCAUAAAACUAACGUAGAAUAGAUGGCUGAAACUGAAAACUGAAGGAAAACGAAACAUCUCCGAACACACUUUCUCACGCAUGCAUAGUUUAGUUUGAAAAAAUCCUAUUUCCAUGGACCGCUCUGUAAAUAUAUUUUGAUUCUUCACAAUCCAACAUGAACACACAUUUCUAGCUUUAGGUUGUCUUACUUUUACGCGCUGCGCCCAGUCGAAAGUCGUCUAUAAGAAGCAGGUCCGUUGGAUCGAACAGAUCAGAGCAGACCGCACGUUUACUUUAGGUUUUCUAGUUUUUUGUAACAUUUAACAUAUGAAUAUACAGUACAGUACAUACAGAUAUAGCGUAUUAGUUUCCGUAAGCUUGCGUUGUUUCUAAAAUUUGUUUUUUAGUUUUAAAUGCUCUAGCCUAAGGACAGUAAUCUUAACGCGAAUUCUUUACCAACAAUAUAUGCACAUGGAAACCUAUGCAAUAAGUUAGUCAAAAAUGUAAAAAGGCCAAGCACCACCACAAAAAUGAAAACAACACAAAACCUACAAAAAACAAAAAAAAAUACAAAAAUAUAAUGGGAAAUGAGUGGAGAAUAUUGAGAAGUCGCCUAGUGUUUGUCGUUUUGCAACGUGAGAAAGAACUAUAUAAUGUUAUAUAUUUUGCAUAUGCAGAACACAUAGGAAACAAAGGGAUAUCGUGAAAAAGAAACCACACAAACAAACAAAAAGUUGUAUUGUAUAUAAGGCAGGCUCUAUUUUUGCUAAAUGUUAUUUGAACAAAUAGGGGAAAACAAAGAGUAAAGUAAUUGAAGAAAGCAAAGGUAAAGCGCUAGACAAAACACAAAACAACAUUAUAUAUUGUUCAAUAUUAUUAUUACCUUAUAUAUAUUGUAUGAUUGCUACAUAAAAUAAUUCUUUUGAUA